UCACCAACCUUCAUCAUGCCCCAACUCACAUUGGCGCAAGCCUUUGCGCGUGGAACUAAGAAAUCUGGCUCAGAAAAACAACCACCACCCAAGCAGCCAAACGCAGCCCCAAAACCACAGCCAAGUAAACCUCAAAUCACUCCCCCAAGCCCUGCUCAGAAGAUCCUAUUCGGACCCAGUGGCCCAUAUGCUGAAUUCGACCAGUUUGCGGUCCAUCCAAUCACGCAUAACGGUGUUAUCUACCCCACAUCGCAACAUCUAUUCCAAGCUUUGAAGUUUAUUGGGCAUAGACCGGACAUUGCAGCGCUCAUCCGUGAAGCUACAACUGCUCAGCUCGCCUUCGAUAUCGCGCAUUCCAAUAAACCGUUAGCUCGUGUAGACUGGUUUUCUGUCAACGUCUCCCAGAUGGAAGAGGUUUUGUUUCUCAAGUUUACCCAGUACGAUCACCUGAAGCAACAACUCAUUGCCACUGGCAACGCGGGACUAUGUCAAGACUCGAUGACUGACUCAUUUUGGAGUGUCGGGCCAGACCUUUUGGGCAGUAAUGAGCUGGGUCGGGCCUUGGAACGCGUGCGAGAACGACUCGGGGGCUCUCCCGCGCCGGUCUAUACCAUCGCUCAAUGUCUUAAAUGUCGCAAGAGGCCAGCGUCUGGUGAAUUGCUGUACUGUGGAAUGGCUUGUCUGCGUGCAGACAUCUCACGAGUACCUCCUAUAUGUCCACGAUGUCGGCGACGACCUCAGAUUGGCGACCUGGGCUUCUGUGGAGUCACUUGUCUCAAAGCCAGUCGUGAGUGA